AUGAACAGUCUGGUGGCCACACCUCCUGUUCCUCCUCAUUUCUACGAAAACCGCUUUUCUCCCUCCUGUAUGAUGUCUACACCCUCCUCUUCGUACUCAAACCGUAAACGGAAAGCCGACGACGAUUACAACGAUCAUGACGGACGCAUGUCCGCUUCGCCCACCAACUCUCCAGCUUUUACUCCUCGUCAACUCCCCAACAACCACCGAAACAUCAAGCGUUCACGGCCAAAUGUCUCUGGCCGACCGCUAGCUCUACCUCGCCUCUUGGAGACUCUCGACACUGAUGCCUUGCGCUCGGUAGUUCGCACUAUGUGCGAGCGCCACCCUCAGCUUGCCGACGAGGUUGUGCACACAUCUCCACGCCCAAACGUAUCCUCGACUUUGCAGGUCCUCCGCAACUACCAGGCCGCACUUCAAUCCUCCUUCCCGUUGGGCAGCAACACCGCCUCCGACUACGCCUACAACCGGGUUCGCCAGCCGCUCACCAACCUUCUCGAUGCCCUGAGCGACUUCACCCCCAAUUUUCUUCCUCCCAAUGAAUCCCAAGCAUCCACUUCUUUGAGCUAUUUGGACGGUGCGACCGAUAUAAUACACGCCUUGCCUCGCUGGAGCUCGCCACAGAACAACAUCGAGCGAGACUCUGCCUACGAUGAGAUGUGCAAGGCCUGGGUCUUGGUGAUCCGGGAAGCUGCCAAGCGUGGUGGUGGUAUCCAGCUGCAAUAUGGAGGCUGGGACCAGAAGCUAGCCAAGCACAACCAAACCUCUGGAGGUAAACUUCAGGGAGCCGUCAACGAACUCGGCCAGAGUUUGGGGUGGAUGGGUGGCUCUGAUACGCCUUCCCACGGGGCCAACGGUGAAAUGGGCUCCAUCAGGGACCAGCUCUUCUCCGGUACAUACGGGCUGGGAACCCCAGUUAAGGUUGGACCCUGGUGA